AUGGCAGCAGGCUUUUCACCUCAUAAUCCAACUGGUCAUAUCCAUCAGUCCUCUUGCUGUUCUGGCAAUGAACCUAAACUCACUGUCGAAGCUCCUUCAUCUUUGGACGACCUCAUCACCCUGUACGACCUUUCUGUCGAUUCUUCCACCAACAAGGUCAAUCUCGCACCCAAAGCAAAUGCUAAUAUCAAAGGAGCGGCUAAAUCAGUGCAAGAUACUUUAGACAUUAUUAAUGAUUUAUCUCAAUACUUGGUCCGAGCUCCCUUUCCUCACUGCCCGCCUCAGCCACAAUUGGUACAAAACAAUGCCCGCUCUCAGCAAAUUAACAAAAUGAAAGAGGAUGGAAAUGUUGCAUUCAAAGGCAACAAUUUUGAACGAGCGGUAGAGCUCUACACCUUGGCCGCAGAGGCAGCUGCGACUCGGCCACUCUUCGAGCCAUCGAUGUGGGUCAAAGAAGAACUGAGCGUCGUACUAUGUAAUCGGGCUGCUGCCUAUCAAUCGAUGAAAAAAUGGGUUGAAGCUCUAUGUGAUGCCGAAGCUGUGAUUCAAUUGAAGCGAAACUGGAGCAAAGGUCAUUUUCGAAAAGCUAAGGCAUUACAAGGAAUGGGGAAAUUAGAUCAAGCAAGAGACGCUGCUCUGUUGGGACUUGAGUUUGAGCCUGAUAAUUCAGACUUGAGAACGAUCCACAACGAGAUUGCUGCAGCCAGUGCCGCAUAA